CUUAGAACUGUAAAUUUGUGAACUAAUAAACCCCCAUUGUAAAAGCUGAUCAUUUCUUAUAUUUUGCAUAUCCAGCAGCUUUAGCAAACCAGAACAGGUAGUAAGUCAGCAAUUUUAGAAACCCAGAGCCAAUUUAAAGUUUUUUGUUGUUAUUUAAGAUAAAUAGAAAAUAGAAAGAUAACACAGUAGGUAGAGGUGAGAAAUCAAUAAAGAAUUGUGGAUGAGAGUAAACUAGAAAUUAUUUGACAGAUAUAAAAAUAACUUCAUUCAUUCAUUUUCCAUUCACCCUCAUUGAGUGCUUGCUGUGUGCCAGGUACUUGCUAGGCAUUGUUAGAGAGCAGUGAUAAAUGUAAAGGACUGAGAUUAUCAUCUUCGGUUUCCUGACUCAGACUCUGAAGACUGAAAAAAAAAAAAGUCCCCUAUCCUUACUGUUUCCUGUCUUGAAUGUAUCAAGGCUAAAGAGACAGUUCUCUCUGGUUGCCUUUUCAUGGACCUUUAGGGAGGUAGGAAAUGACAGAGAAAGAACGUGGGCUACUGAAUGAGACAGACCUGGGUCUGCCACCUAUACCGCUGUGUACCUUAUAGAAGUACUCAGCUAUCUCUGAGUUUCCUCAUUGGUGGUUUUACAGGGAAUUUUUUUUUUUUUUUGAUGAUGAUUAAAUGCAGUAUUGGGCAUGAAUGGACCCAAUAUAUUACAGUGCAUGUAGAAGGGCUCUGGACGGGUUAGUUUCUUCCUUUGCCAUUUAUCAUCUCCAGAGCCAUUUGAGAAAGAAUGAGAACAGUUGCAGAGGGGGUGGGGGCCAUCUAGAACAGCAUUCCCAGUCUUUGUUAUUCCAAUGUGGAUGAUGUUCAUUAGUACAAGUAGGAUUAAUCGUGAUAUUUUGUAACUCUAUUCCUGUUUCUUUACCACUCAAAAAAAUCAUGGGAAUGCAAAUGAGGGGGAGAAUGAUAGUGCUGCAAACAUGAAUCUAUCAUAACUUUGGUAAUUUAGUUGUUAUUUGUAUCACAUUAUCUGUGACACAUCUCGCAAUUGAUAGUUGACACACCAAUGUUGCAACUUGGCGUAAGAAUCCCGUAAUCUGCGCUGCAACAUGAGUGGACCUUGUAAACAUUGUGUUUGGUGAAAUAAGCAGGCACAUAAGGACAGAUAUUGUAUAUUUCUACCUAUAUGAGAGCUCUAGAAUUAAAAAAUUCACAAAGACAGAAAGUAGAUUAGAGGUUACCAGGGGAGAGGAGAAGGGAGAGUUUUUGUUUGGGGGGUAUAGAGUAUUUGUAAAUAUAUAUAUAUAUAUUUUUUUUAAUUAAAAAAAAAAAGAAUCGGUGAUAUCAAACAUCUGUUGAGAUCUGGAAACUCUUGAUGCUAGUUCCCAUCUUGGCCUCAGCAUCCCAGCCAGUCUCUGGUUCUGGGAUAUUCUGGACCUAGCUGCGGCCAUUGUGGGUGAGGCCAGGGCCUGGUGGCCCCAUUGGACUUCUCUAUGGAGCCAAGAGCUGAGAUGCUUUCAAGGAGCUCUUUGUGUAUUUAUAAAGCGUUCUCCCCAAAUACUCAUUUCCUCAGGCCCCUCUUGCAUUCCUGCUUCAUUUCUUUGGGUCCUUUCCCUGGCAUCAUCUUGUUCAACAUAUUACUCAGCCCAGACUUUCUUCCUGCUUUCCCUAGGUGCUACCUGCCUUUGGACCCAGACCUCAUCCUCAUUUUCUUAGGCCUUUACUCCACCUUUUUCUCCUUCAGCCAAUCAAACAAACUCAUAUCCUGGUCCAUGUUCCCCAUCUACCUCUCCUUGAAAUUUUGGAGGAUUCUCCUUGGAAUUGUUGGGGUUGGGAAUAAUUUCUUAGGCUUCAACCUGGCUUUGUAAAACCUCUUUCCCUUUGCUCUACAGCUUUGUCUCAGUACAGGACCUCAGGAGCCACCAGCGCCUCCCGUGCUGCAGCCACCUGUCCUGGAGCAGUAGUGAAUACAAGGCUUGGGCCCAGGAGGCUGGACCAGAGGGGGUCCCCCUGCCCCGGGAGCGGCUGUUAUUUUUAGGGACACUAACAGACCUGUCAGGCGAUUUGGAGCAAGAGUGCAGGAAUGGAAGCCUCUAUGUGAAGGAUAACUCUGGUGUCCUGGGCUGCGAGAAGCAAGCUCAAAGUUAUGAAGCCAAACCUGGCUGGGAAGCUGGUUCACCUGAGUGCCCUGGUGAACAGUCAAAAGAAGUCUUACUUCGUCUUGUCUCUCAGUCACUCAUCCCCAGCUGACUACUCUGUGCCCAUCAUCGUGCAGGUCCCUGCCCAGCUGGUGUGGCACAAAGCCCUUUGGCCUGGUAGAGCCUAUGUGCUGACAGAGCUGCGAGUGUCCAAGAUCCGUGGUCAUCCCUACUGUGUUUGGACAACAAGUCCCUCCUCCCGUCUGUUGCCUUUGGAACCAGAAUGCGUGCAGGAGCUGGAGCUGGAGGAACCCCUCUUGGAGACUGAUCCCAGGCCACUCCCCAGGCCCAGCAACUCCCAGGACAGGAAGGGGCAAAAAGGUCUUGUCCGGGACUCCAGACUUUUGUCAUAUAUGGGCACGGUCACCUGUGUGCUGAAUGAGCCUGCUGGCCUCUAUGAGCUGGACGGACAGCUGGGGCUCUGCCUUGCCUACCAGCAGCUCCGUGGCCUGAGGCAGGUGCUGCGACCGGGUGUCUCUCUGGAGCUCCAGGAUGUUCACCUCCUCCAGUCAGUGGGUGGAGGGACAAAAAGGCCAGUGCUAGCGUCCUGCCUCCGUGGCGCCGUCCUUCUUCGGGGCUUCUCUCGUCGGAAGCCCGAGACUCGGUUGUCCCGCCAAGCCCACGGGGCCUCCCUGUACGAGCAGUUGGUGUGGGAACGUCAGUUAGGACUGCCCCUCUACCUGUGGACUGCCAAGGCCCUGGAGGAGCUGGCUGGCAAGCUGUGUCCCCACGUGCUGAGGCACCACCAGUUCCUGCAGUAUUCCUCUCCCAGGAGCCCCAGUCUGGGACUGCAGCUCCUGGCUCCUACCCUGGAUGCUUUGGCUCCUGCAGACAGUCCUGUUCGGAAUCCACACAAGGAGAUCCUUGGAGAGCCACAUCACUGUCCCCUCCAGAAAUACACCCGGCUGCAGAUCCCCUGCACUUUCCCUGCUCUGGACGCCCUGAAAGAGGAGGCCCAGCGCAGGGCAUGGGCCACCUUUGACCCCAAAACCCUUGUGCCCCUCCCAGAGGCUUCCCAUCUAACCAGCUGCCAACUCAACUACCGCCUGGCCUGGUCCUGGCUCUGCCUUCUGCCCUCUGCCUUCCACCCAGCCCAGGUUUUACUUGGGGUUCUGGUGGCUUCAUCUCGUAAAGGUUGUCUGCAACUUCGGGAUCAAAGUGGUUCCCUGCCCUGCCUGCUUCUGGCCAGGCACUCCCAACCCCUCACUGACCCCCGGCUCAUAGGCCACCUGGUGUGGGCAGAGAAGUUCCAGUUGGUUGUUGAGAGGGACGUCAGGAGCAACUUCCCUUCCUGGAAGGAGCUGAGCAUGGCAGGGUUCAUCCAGAAGCAGCAGGCCAGAGUCUAUGUCCAGUUCUUUCUGGACGAUGCCCUGAUCAUCCCAGUGCCCAGACCCUUCCUUCGCUCAGCCACCUCCUCAGGAACCUCUCAGACAGAGCCCACCCACCCAGAGGGACCCCACAUGGGUCAGAGCAGGCUAUUCUUACUGUCCCACAAGGAGGCCCUGAUGAAGCGGAACUUUUGUGCCCCACCAGGAGCCAGUCCGGAGGUGCCCCAGGCCACCCUCAGUUUCCACGUGUCAGGGAGCUGGCUUGGGGGCACUCAGAAGAAGGAGGGGUCUGGAUGGGGUCCACCUGAACCUCAGGUUGAUGAGAACAAGGAUCAGAAGAUUCUUCUCAUCUUCAUGGGCUCUUCAGUCCGCUGGUUUGAGUUCCUGCACCCCGGGCAAGUGUACCGACUCAUGGCUCCGGGCCCCUCUGAACCAGCAUUGUUCGAGGAGGGUGGUUUGUCCUGCACCUCUCAGCGGCCCCUGGAGUUGGCUGGCUGUGUGUCCUGCCUCACUGUCCAGGAUGAGUGGACCCUGGAGCCUGAGAGCUCCCAGGACAUCCCAGAUGUGUUGGGGGUACCCAAGGCACUUCCGGAAUCCUCGCUGACUGAUCUGCUCAGUGGCAACCUCACCAACUCCUUGGUGUCCUUCUCUGCCGAGAUUUUGUCACGGACACUGUGUCCAGCCUCUCUCUGGCUGAAGCCUGGGAGCACCGGGGCCUUGAGAGAGUGUGUGAAGCUAACUGUAGCCCUGGAGACCGCUGACUGUGAAUUCCCCCCUCACUUGGACAUCUACAUUGAGGACCCGCAUUUGCCUCCCCCACUGGGACUCCUUCCAAGAGCCCGAGUCUACUUUACACAGCUGGAGAAAAGGGUGUCCAGAUCCCACAAUGUUUACUGUUGUUUUCGGGCUUCCACCUAUGUGCAGGUCCUAAGUUUCCCCCCGGAGACCACAACCAGUGCACCCCUGCCCCACGUCUACCUGGCAGAACUUCUGCAGGGUGGCCGGGCCCCAUUCCAGGCUACUGCCUCUUGCCAUAUUGUUUCCGUCUUCAGCCUUCACCUCCUCUGGGUGUGCACUCAUUGUACCAGCCUCUGCCCACAGGGGAGGUGUACUCGCCAGGGCACCAGUUGUCCUGCUCAGACAUCCGUAAGCCAGGCCAGCAUCAGGAUCCUGGUGGAAGAUGGGACUGCCGAAGCAGUGGUGACCUGUAGGAAUCAUCACGUGGCAGCCGCACUUGGGCUGUGUCCCAGCGAGUGGACCUCCCUCCUCGAGUUUGUCCGAGUGCCGGGGAGAGUGGCCUUGCAAUUUACAGGGCCUGGAGCCCAGCACGAGUCCUCAGCCAAGAUGGAGGAGCCCUUGACCCUCUUCCUCCGGAGUCUUUGUACCAGCCUCUCUGUCCUCCGUCCUAUUGUGCUUUCUUUUGAGCUUGAGCAAAAAUCCUCCAACAUCCUCCCAUUAGAACCUCCCCGUCUGCAGCGUUUCCAGUGUGGGGAGCUCCCCCUUCUGACUCGUGUGAAUCCCAGGCUCCGACUGUCUUGCCUCUCUAUUCAGGAGCCAGAGCCCCCCAACUCUGGGGGUGCCUUUGUUUCCUCCUGUUAGCCUAAACUGCAAGGAUGACCUGAAAGUUCUUCCUGCUUCGCUGGAAUCCUUGAGGCACCACUCCUAGCUCUUCCUCCUCAUGGUGGCCCCUACUUUUCUCUGCGAUGGAGCCAGGCCCCCAAGGUCCUUGGAUUCACAAGCUGCUACCUCACUGUAAUUUUUUUCUUCUUUGGUCUGGGAUGAGGCACCCAGCAUUCUGGUGCCUCCGUGCUCGGGGGAUGGGGGGGGGAAUUGUGGAAAAAAGCAAAUCCUGGGGCUGAUGCUAUUUCCUUCUGGGUCCCAGUUGGCCCUGAGUACCUGGGUUCUGCCUUUGAGGCAGGAACCAGAAGAACAAAAGGCUUGCCCCUUGUAGGGGUGCUGGUGACGGGCCUGCAAUAAAGCUCUCUCAUGUUU